AUUUUUUAAGGUUGGUUAUACUUGUGUUUAUCAAUGUGUGGUUUUUAAAAUUAUGCCAUGCCGAUUUAUUUACAAUAAAUUGUGUUAACUAACAGCAUGAGCACCGCUUAAAAUCUGUGAACAUGUCCAAAAUUAAACUCUUUGAUGAAGAUUCGGAGGAAGAAGUAGCCAUCAAAACAGAGAACGAGUAUGCAAAAAAAUACGAUGCCUGGCGAGAAAAAGAAGAACUCCACAAAUUGGAGCAAAAAUAUGGUUCCAAAGCAUUGAAGUCAGAUGCUUCUUCAUCAUCUGACAGUGAGGACGAGAGUGACGAGCCUGUUGAGGUCUCCGAGGAGGUGGAGAAGCAGUUCCUGAAGACUCUUUCUCUUCUGAAGACCAAGGACCCAAGGAUAUAUGAUCCUAAUUUCAACUUUUUUGAUGAGAAACUUGAAAGCAAUAAAGAAAAGAAACCAGAGACAAAGAAGUUGACAUUUGGUGACAGUGAUGAUGAUGAUGAUGAUGAUGACGGUGCAAAUAUAUUCAGUAUUGAGAAAAAAGCUGAGAUUGAUGAACCAGAUGAUGACAAAGAUUCAAGUGGCAAUUGUUUAAAGGAAGACAAACUAAAGGACUACCUAACUGGGAAAGUAGAGCACGUAGACCAAGAUAUAGAGAGUGACCUGGCACCGCUUCGUGCAUUGUGGUCUGACCCCAAGAUAAAUGAAGGGGAGGCCUUCCUGAGGGAUUAUAUUUUAAAUAAAAGGUAUUUAGAAGCCGGUGAUGCAGGCGAAGCUGAGGACAAGAUACGCGAUGACGCGGACUUGGAGGAAGAUGAGAAGCAGGUGGAGGAGCAGGGCAAGUUCGAGCGCGCAUACAACUUCCGCUUCGAGGAGCCCGACGACGAAUAUUUAAAACGUUUCCCUCGCACGAUGAACUACAUCCGGCCCAAGGACGAGCGGCGCUCGCGCAAGCGCGCCGAACUGCGCGACAGGAAGGAGGACGAGAAGCGCCAGAAGAUGGAGGAGAUCGCGCGCAUGAAGGCGCUCAAGCUGAAGGAGAUCCAGCAGAAGAUCGCUAAGAUCAAGGAGGUCACCGGCAACCAGGAGCUAGCGUUUCAGGAAGAAGACAUAGAAGGAGACUUCGACCCUCAAGAGCAUGACAGAAGAAUGAAAGCACUCUUCGAUGAACAGUACUAUGGAGAGACUGAUGACCAGAAGCCUGUCUUCCCCGACCUGGACGAUGAGCUGGAGAUUGAAAAUUGGGAAAAAUAUGAGCAAGAUGCCAGUCAACUACAGCAAGAUGUUGAUGAAGACGGUCCCCAUUGUGAAGACGAAAACUUUAAUAUGGACGCAGACUACGAUCCGAAGGCAGCAAAACUGAACCUUCUAGAAGAGCUGAAACGCAACAUGGGCACCAAACGCAGGAACAGGAAACGCAAGUCCAAGUUGGCCCAACUCCUGGCUGAAGAGAAACCCAAGUUUGUGCCCGACAUAGACAAGAGAUACUCACAGUUUAUGGAGGAGUACUAUAAGAUGGACUGCGAAGAUGUCAUAGGGGGUGACCUCCCAACGAGGUUUAAAUAUAGGGAAGUGGUGCCCAAUGACUUCGGUCUUACUGUUGAGGAGAUCCUCCUGGCAGAUGACAAAGAGCUAACACAGUGGGUGCCUUUAAAGAAGAUAGUCAGGUAUCGACCAGAGAAUGUGGAGAAGGGUGAAGUAAAGACUUACUCUCAGAAGGCAGCGGACGAAAGACUGAAGAAGAAGAUACUGCCCAGUCUGUUUAAGGAUUUGCCAGAAGAACCAGAAAUAGUAGUGCCACCUGAAGAAGUUAACAAAAAGAGGAAGAAGAAGAAGAAAAAGAAAAAUAAGGACUUAGAAGAAUCGGUAUCUAAUACUAUUGAUCAAGACAUGACAGGGGGUCAUAAUGAAGAAAAUGGCACUAAUGAAGACAAUGAACAAAUUUCCAAGAAAAAGCGUAAAAGAAAAGAAACAGAUUGCAAAGAGUAUGAAAACGAACAAACCAUAGAGCUUUCUGUAAAUGAACACGAAACAACUGAUGAAAGCAUAGAGAAACCUAAGAAAAAGAAGAAACGAAAACACAAUGUUGAGAAUGAUACAGAAAAUAGUUCUAAUAAAACGGAUAACAAUAAAAUGAGCGUAUCUCUAACCGAAAAUGAUACAACAAUAGAAACAGAGCAAAAGAAACGAAAAAGCCUUAACGAUAUAGAAAAUAAGUAUUCUGAAGAUAAACAAAUAAUAACUGAAUGUAUAAGUAGUCAAGUUACUGACACUUCAGAAUUAAAUAACAAAAGUAAAUUUCAUAGUAAAAAGAACAAGAGCAAAAACUCUUUCACUGUAGAUACGGUAGUCAAUGAAAGCCCUUCUAGAGUUAUAGAUGAAAAUGUCAAAAGUAAAGAACGUAAAAAUAAAAAUAAACCCGGAAAUUCGUUUAUCGUUGAAACAAUAAAUGAAGAGAAUGGCGUCGAUAACAACAAAAAUAAUCUUAAAUGUAAAAUAGAUAUUGUUGGUAAUGGCGUACCUAAAAAGAAACAAAAGAAAAACAAAAAUAAACAACAAAGUUUACAAAUUAAGAAGAAUAACAUUAAAAAUAAGACUUCUAAUUCUGAAAAAUCAAAGGAUCCCUUGAGCAAUUUAUCAGAUGAGAGACUCAAGGCGUAUGGUUUGAACCCAAAAAAGUAUAGAAGCUUCUUAAAAUAUAAAAAUUUUUAAAUAACAAUGGUGGAAAGAAAGAGUUAUGCCGAUGAUAAAUAUAAAUAUUACAGAAAUACAAUGGAACUGCAAAAAGCGACAAAUAUUUCGGGUCGACUAGACCUCUUCACCUCUUCAGGUGCUCAUAAUUGAGCAAUUUUAUAAACAUUGCUCUGUAAUAUGUGUAAUAUUGUGCACUUCUUGCGAAGGCGAAACAUGUGCAGUCAUGGAUGAUGAGGAUGAUCGUUUUAUAGAAAUGUGAUUUAUGGUAAUAAUAUGCACUCUGUACCGACUCUUAAAUCUAUGAGUAAUAUACACAGAAAUUAUAUUAUAUGUUUCAAAAAAUGGAAUUUUUAUUAAAGUAAGUUAUGAUU